GACAAUUCAAACAGUUACACAUCCUCAAUAUAUAAUAACUGUAUUCGGUUUAUAUGAUUAGUUAUUGGAAAUGUAUUUUGUCCCCAAGCUCCUGAAAUUAACACAAUAUCAGAUACGAAAGUAAAAUGGUUGCAUCUGAAAAAAACAGCCCUGGUUUUGGUUCUAGUCAAAAGAGAUUCGGUAUAAUUAGCGUGCAUCCAAAUUUAGAUCCUAGUGGUCUUUAUACAACAAGGCCGGAUGGCUGUGACCCAUGUCUCUAUCGCCCGAAACCAAUUCAUAAAAUUUUCCAAGUCAAUAAGAACAAUAAAUGCGACAAAGAACCCUGGAGGUACAAAAACGAGUUGGAAGAUUGGGCUAAGAAUUUAGGAUACAGAAAUCAAAAAAUUUUGGAACGACGAAAGUGGUUCAACUCCGUGUUAGGUCCAGCAUGGCAUGAAGUCAUUGAAGUGCCUAAGCACCAAGGUAUAUGUAAAAAUUUAGGGUUUGGAAGAACAUCACGCUUCAAGCCCUCUAAAGAUAACUUACCCGGCCCUGGAACGUAUUAUACUAGAACUCCUUUUCAAGCACCAUAUGGCCCACAUUCUACGAGAGAGACCUUUGAAAGAGAAGAACCAUGUCGGUUUAAAGAUACCUCUUCUAAGUGGUCCUUAGCAUCAAACAGAUACAAUAUCAUCGAUAAAGAUAGUAUUGAAUUGAAAUCAAAGAAAAUUGUAUCCUUACCAUAUGAUCUCUUUACUGGAACGCGUGAUGGCAGUUCAAUUAAAAACCAUUUCAAUACCACAUCACGAGUCGCCGCUGCUACGUGGCCUAUCGCUCUUAAAAGUACUUUUGAUAAGUAUAAGAAGUCGCAGUUUGGUGUGAUGAACAAAACAAAUCGGAAUCUCCCGUACAGAGGACGUAAUAUAUUGGUCGAUUUAUCCAUGUGUUUACGUCAGCCAAAAGACCCAGGGCCAGCAAAUUACAACAUUGAUAAACAGAAAACGUUUACGCAAAAUAAAUGGGGUUUCAAUAGUAGCUACGAUAAGCCUCCUGGAUAUCAGCGAGUUGUAGUUUGGCCGGCUGUCGGAAGGUACACAAUAAAAAACAUUAGCUGUGGCAUCGUGGGUCAGGGUCAUCGGCAUGUGUUUCUCAGUAAACAGAAGAGAACGAUUGGAGCUUUUUUGCCAGAACCUAUGAACUCCUUUUGAUUUUAGGUAUAUCUUGAGAAUGUAUAAAGUGAACUUACAAUCUUUCUAAUUGAACAAAAAGGCAUUCUUAACAUUCACUAGAGGUAACGUAACACAAAUAAAUAAAAUUCAAAUGUACUUCUA